CAACAGCAGAAGCUCCUGCCUCCCCCUCGGCAGAACCAGGCAGAGGCAGCAGCCCAGGCAGAGGAGGACCAAGCCGAGCCCCCAGUUAAUGUGGAUAACCAGGAGGAGACCCCCAUGGAGCAGGAGCCAGCAGGGGAGGCCAGCCCAGAGAAAACCCCACAGGAGACACCAGAGAAAGGGGACCAAGAGGAGAAGGUGCCUGAGGAGCACCCCAAAAUGCCCGAGCACCCUGGCCGAGAUAGUGACAGUGAUGGAGAGGAUAGCGGAGCGGAGGAUGCCCCUUAAAGUGCCCCCUAGGGGCCAAUGUGGGCCCCUGCAUUGCUUUAUUCUGGCACCAACUAGACUUUCCUUAGAAAAGAGCUUAGAGCUAAAAUGAUGAUCCUAUUGUGGAAUUAAUUUUCUACUGAAGCCAUGAAGAUGACACUGGAUGCUUUGAGGAUAAUGUUUAAUUCGAUUUUCCGAGAUGGUCUGUUUUGUAAUCAAUACUUUUUUGGUAAAAUAAUUCUCAAUGUGAUGCAGUCUGAGUUUUUUAUCUUAUACAUACAUGUGCAGACACACACACACACACACACCCAACCAUCCUAAAAUCUCCCUGUCAUGAUACUCUUAAAGUCUACACAGUCCUGUACUGCCCCUCCCCCAGACAGCGUCACUGGGAUAUGUCAAUCUGAUUGGCUCACCCAAUAACAGUUGGACGAGCUGCCGCUAAGCUGCAUUUAUAGGUCAGUCACCCUGCACAUGAAGCCAUGGUGUGAGGGGAGCCGGUACUUCACAGACAUACUACACAACCCCACUCUAUAACAAAGUGUCCUUAUCAGUGUUUGGAAUCAAAGGUACGCAGUGACACAAUUCCUGAGAUUGUGGUGGUGGAUUGGAGCCUACCCUGACCUGACUCCCAUGUGUAGCCUCAUUGGUCCUGGUAGCGUGGAGAGGCCACAGCCUGCAGGCUAACAACACACACUGGGAAUUUAGGCAUUAUCAUGCACCAGAGGUUAACUAGCUGUUACAGACGCCAGGCUACGCCAUUACCCUCCCCCCACGCUACACCCCCACUGUCUGAAAGGAGAGGUCGCAUCCACAGCUCAUCAGGGCCAAGCCACAGUACCGUGGUGGUGAUUUAACAGACUUGUACACAGCUUAGCUAGAUAACCAGUAUGGAUAUCAUUGAGAGCAAUGUAUGUCACACGAUUAAACCGUUUUGUUGUGGUAUACAGUGUCUUCAAAGGCAGUUUAGACAUGGAAAAUAUGAUUUUUUUUUAAAAGCAACAUGCAACAAUUUCGUAUAAGGAAAUCAUUGAAAUACAAUCAUUAGGCCCUAAUCUAUGGAUAAUACAUGACUGGGAAUACAGAUAUGCAUCUGUUGGUCACACAUACCUUUUUUUUUUUAAAGGUACGGGCGUGGAUCAGAAAACCAGUCAAUAUCUCCUUGGCAUAGAGUUGAUCAUGCUGUUGAUUGUGGCCUGUGGAAUGUUGUCCCACUACUCAAUGGCUGUGUGAAGUUGCUGGAUAUUGGAGCAUUUAUUGAGCAUUUCUUUUUGUGGCGAGAAUUUUAUAUAAUAGUUUAAAUUGAAAAAAACUAAUUGAUACGUUCAUAAAUCUGAUGCCAUGGUAUUGGGACAUCCAAAAAAUCUGAUCCCAACUAUCUAGAAUUUUAUGAGGCAUAGUUUUCAAACCUGAAACUGAUACAUUUUACAAUUUAUACUAGUCAUUUUAAGCUAUGCAUGGUUUUUCAUUGGAGGCGGACAAACCAAUUAAUUCCUCUCUCUUUUGAGGAAUUGCCUCUUCCAUUUUUGUGGCAGAGCUGCGAUGAGUUAGUGAUACUUUUGUAUUUAGCAUACAUCUCCAUACACCUUUGUUAAUUGCUUGUGUGACAAACCCUACAAGACCAAAAGUCGAAUAUCUCAUUGCAAAAUCAUGGGCUUUAAUAUGGAUUUGGUCCCCCCUUUGCUGCUAUAACAGCCUCCACUCUUCUGAGAAGGCAUUCCACUAUACAGUAUGUUGGAACAUUGCUGCGGGGACUUGCUUCUAUUCAGCCACGAUCAUUAGUGAGGUCGGGCACUGAUGUUAAGCGAUUAGGCUCGCAGUUGGCGUUCCAAUUCAUCCCAAAGGUGUUCGAUGGGGUUGAGGUCAGGGCUCUGUGCAGGCCAGUCAAGUUCUUCCACACCGAUGUCGACAAACCAUUUCUGUAUGGACCUGGCUUUGUGCACGGGGCCCUUUUUUUUAUUGAGCAACCAGUACAUUGUGUAAUAUCCUCCCUCUAGAAAACACUCUGCAAAUUACCAACUAUCUUUAUUUCCAGCUGUCCUCCCUGGCAUGCAGUUUCCCCUAGUAGAGGCUCCCUUGUUGCAGUAAAUUAGCGUUAACUGGGAGGAGGAGGCCACUCAUACAGAUUGACUUUACUUGGCUUUGGCAGCUCCAAGCAGAAACUAAACUGAGACUGAGGGGGAUAUCCAUUCCACAGGCAAAGAGGAGAAACAGGCUCUCACUUUCUCAAAUAACUCAAACUUGCCACAUCUGAAGGUGAACAUGUCUUUUAUACUCACUCGACAGGUACUCUUCCCAAUAUGGGUUUACAUAGCUCACUACUUUGCAUGGCUUUAACUACCUCCUAACUGUUGCCAUUUGUUGUGUCACUAGCGCUAACUAAAUGCAGUAUAACUAUAACUGUUGUCCUUUUUAUAUAUAAUGUGCAAAGGCAGUAUUAUAACUGCACUUUAUUUCUACAUCUUUUAAGGGUCUUUGUAAGAAGGUGAAUUACAAGCUCAAAAGGUGUUCUCUCUUUUCUGUUUUAUACUCAGGAUGUUUUUUUUCCACAGGCAUAUGUACAUUUUAUUUAUAUUGCUUCAAAGUGUGAAAGCAUUUUUUAUUGCAUACGUUUAUCUUUUAAAUCAAAAUAUUUAAUUGAUCCUGGGAAAAAGUAGUAGAGUAUUUCUGAAUGCUAGUAUUGUCUCAUGUAAGGGGCGUUCCCUGAAGCACGAGAUAGCCUCGAGAUUACCCAGUGCAGCUGAUCUAAUCACACAGUUUGCCCCACCACAACAGGAUAUUACACAGAACACGUAAAGAAAUUGUGCAUCAAUAUUGAAUUCUAAAACCUGUUAUGCUAAUUGAAGUUCCCUUAAAUAUUGACCACAUGGAGAAUUCAAUGUCAGAUUUUUUAUAUGAUUAAAGACUUGCUAGUAUUAAAAUUCUGCAUUUUGACAUGUCCCUCCGUGCACCCUCUGUGACUUAAUAACGCAGCAUCAUAUCAUGCAAAAUGCAUCAUACAGGGAUGAUUUCUAUAUUUCGAAAGUUAUAUAUCUUUGAAAAAUUGAUUGGUGACAAGCAAAACAUUUUGGGACUAUAUCAACAAUGGACUAAUGAAACAAAUACCAAAAGAUAGUUUUUGGGUGGACUUUUCCUUUAAGCCCAACAUUUCUCCAAGUUUUCCCAAUCAUUGUAUUCCCUAGUUAUUUUGUUGCUUUGUCAGCCAUUUUUGAAGAUUAUUAUUUAUUUUGUGUGAUUUAGUGAUUCAUUUACAACUGUCCAUCAUUUUAAGGUCAACACUUUUACGUGAACUGAACUCUCGUUUUAAUAUGGUGAAACUAUUCCUUAAAUUUUUUAAAAUAAAUUGAGCAUCUAAUAGUCCAAUCAUAGUGUAAAAGCUGGUGAACUAGUUCUACUGUUUUUGACAAUUGUUUUUGUGGUGGAAAACUGAGCGGGUCGAGCGUAACACGUCCACCCUGUUACCCAGGCUAGAAAUGUUUCAACUAUUAAUAUUUUGGGGUGAAGCUUGCAUUCAAUGGCCACUCCCUGUUGCACACAACAAGCUUCCAUUCCCCUUGUCACAAGGGGAUUUAUGGUCGAUUCCCCGUUACUUUAUUUGGCACUUACUAGAGUCAUUUUUUUAAUUUUUCCUCUUGAGAUGGGAUUUUUUUAUUUUCUUUAUAAAGUUGAACAUGCAUGUGCUCUUUAUGAAUGUUUAAAAGUUACACUUCUCAAAAGGCACCGAAUUGGUGGAACGACCCACCUCAUAAAGCUGAAACUGCCUUGCUAACAGAUCUGAUCGUUGGCUUUUACACUCGUCAGUCUGACAGUUUGUACUUCAGCUACUGAUCUCUUGGAGGAUUUUAUUUUAGAUUAAUUAAUAAAGUUAAAGUUUAUACUAUUUGCAUAAUUUGCAUCUGCAGUUACAGACCAAUGAGUCUGAUAUACACUGAACCCAAAUGAGUGCUUAGUUCUUGCUGUUCACCUCCACUCCUAUAAAAUGCAUUAGGAGAGUGAGAAAGGUGUCAGGUCCAUUAACUCUUCUGUAGUAUAGGAGUGGACUCCCUGUUAACCCCAGUGGGUGGGUGGGGGUGGGGUUAUUUUAUUAUGCUUCAGUAAAUCCAGACAAGUACAUCCAGAUCAUCAACUGGGUGCGCUGAAUCUGAUACUCUCCAAUUACAGAUGGGCGUGUCAGAGGCUGCAUUUAUGCAGGCAGCCCAUUUCUGAUAUUUUUUCUACUAAUUGAUAUUUUGAGGAAACAUCAAGAUUGUGUAGUAUGUCUGUGUAGUAAGGUCUGAUUGGUCAAAAGACCAAUUUGUGAGAAAAAAAAGAUCAGAAUUGGGCUGCCUGUGUAAACGCAGCCAGAGAGUUUAUAUCCUCUGAUUGAAUCACCAUAAAUAGCACUCAAUACACUGGGCAUCUGAUCUGAUGGCUGGGAGGCAAUGCUGACCAUGGAUUCAAUAUCUUUGGAUGAUUUACCUCAAUUGAUAUUUGUAUGGGAGAUGUAUAGAUGGUAGGAUUUUGUAAAUCUAAUGAUCUGAAGUAAUAUUAAUCCACUCUAAUCACAUGGGGAGGGGGACAGCUCUGGCAAUAUAAACAUUACUGUUUAUUCUUUUUGAUGAGAGAUCAAUACAAUAGGCAAAAAGUUGCCUAACAAUAUUUAUUAUUUCUGUCAACUCAGCAAAUUCUAUCUGUGUGACGCACGUUGUCUAUUAUCUAUAUUCAUGAUUGAUUUGUUAACUGACUGAAACAUUUAAAUGCCUUUCCCUUUCUCCUCCCUUUCUCCCAGACUAGGAUGACCAGUUGUGGGUCGUGUUUCUGGAGCAUUGUGUGGCUGGUGAUUUUGCUAAUCAUAGCCUGGCCAAUCAGUAUUUUACUGGGGGGUCUCUAUGGCCUCAUCACCCCCCUCACCACCUGUGUGGGCCUGGACCGCCUGUCAGACCUGCUCCUGGAGGGGGCCAACCUGGGUCGGACCUGCGCCCAGAACAUGAGACACAGCAAGGCAGUGUGCUGA